AUGGUACCGGUGCCUCGGUCCCAGUAUGCCCCGCAAGGCUGGCUUACAGCUGAUUACUUCAAGGCUUUUAUGGCUUGGGCGAAGGAUACUGAUGAUGCAAGAAGGUGGGGAAAUCAGGACAACACGCAAGACCGUGAUGACGUGAGCAGCCCAGGCAACGCGUACAAUAGCGGCGUCUUGGAUUUGCUUUUCGGCAUCCUUAAAUGA